GUGUGUCGAGAAGCUUCAGCACGAGAGGACGUCGUGGAGGCUCGGGCGAGUCGUCUGCUGCUCAUUCUAGACGCCGUGAGGCCGCCCGAGGGAUCGUGUUAAGUGUCUCUCUUCCACUGAAACCUUCCUACAAAAAUGCAUCGCGCAGCCUCUUUAUUGCGAACUCCCGUCGCUCGCCAGGCCACAAGGCACUUCCUGGCGAGACAUUAUGCCAAGGACGUUAAAUUUGGCACAGAGGUCAGGGCACUGAUGCUGCAGGGCGUCGACGUCCUCACCGACGCCGUGGCGGUCACCAUGGGCCCCAAGGGUCGAAAUGUAAUCAUUGAGCAGAGCUGGGGCAGUCCCAAGAUCACAAAGGAUGGUGUUACAGUUGCAAAGGCUGUUGAACUGAAAGACAAGUUCCAGAACAUUGGAGCUAAGUUGGUUCAAGAUGUUGCCAACAACACCAAUGAGGAGGCUGGUGAUGGAACCACCACAGCCACAGUCCUGGCUCGCACUAUUGCAAAGGAAGGUUUUGACAGGAUUAGCAAAGGUGCCAACCCUGUGGAGAUCAGGCGUGGAGUCAUGUUGGCUGUGGAUGCCAUUGUUGCUCACCUGAAGACCCUCUCAAAGCCUGUGACCACUCCUGCUGAGAUUGCUCAGGUUGCAACCAUCUCUGCUAAUGGAGACAUUGAAGUUGGCAGUCUUAUCUCAGCAGCCAUGGAGAAGGUUGGUCGUGAGGGUGUCAUCACUGUUAAGGAUGGCAAGACCUUGAAGGAUGAGUUGGAGGUCAUUGAAGGCAUGAAGUUUGACCGUGGUUACAUUUCUCCUUACUUCAUCAACUCCAGCAAGGGGGCUAAGGUUGAAUAUCAAGAUUGCCUUGUUUUGCUCUCGGAGAAGAAAAUUUCUUCUAUCCAGUCCAUUAUUCCAGUGCUAGAACUGGCCAAUGCCCAGAGGAAACCUCUUUUGAUCAUUGCUGAGGACAUUGAUGGUGAAGCCUUGAGCACACUUGUGGUGAACCGCUUGAAGAUUGGCCUCCAGGUAGCUGCUGUAAAAGCUCCAGGCUUUGGUGACAACCGCAAGAAUACUCUUCAUGACAUUGCCAUUGCAACAGGUGCUAUUGUCUUCAAUGAUGAAGCAAGCAUGGUCAAGAUUGAAGAUGUUCAGGUCCAUGAUCUUGGCCAAGUUGGAGAAGUGCAGAUCACAAAGGAUGACACACUCCUGCUGAAGGGCAAGGGUAACUCUGGCGAUAUUCAGCGUCGUGUAGAACAAAUUAAGGACCAGAUUGCUGAUAGUUCCUCCGAGUACGAGAAGGAGAAAAUGCAGGAGCGUAUGGCUCGUCUGGCCUCGGGUGUGGCAGUUGUGAAGGUUGGAGGUUCCUCGGAGGUUGAAGUGAACGAGAAGAAGGAUCGUGUAAAUGAUGCUCUAUGCGCAACAAGGGCUGCAGUUGAAGAGGGCAUCGUUCCAGGUGGAGGAGUUGCCUUAAUUCGCUGCCUUCCUGCUUUGGAUGCUCUCAUUCCAAGCAAUGAAGACCAGAAGGUUGGCAUUGAAAUUGUCCGCAAGGCUAUCCAGACGCCAUGCCACACCAUUGCUAGCAAUGCUGGUGUUAAUGCAUCGGUCAUUGUCAACAAGGUCAUGGAAGCUACGGGAGAUGUUGGAUAUGAUGCUGCUACAGGAACCUUCGUCAACCUUGUCGAAGCAGGAAUCAUUGAUCCCACCAAGGUUGUCCGUACAGCCCUGACCGAUGCUGCUGGAGUGGCUUCCCUCCUUACCACAGCCGAGAGUGUCAUUACAGAGAUCCCCAAGGAAGAGCUGGCUGGUAUGGGAGGCAUGGGUGGUAUGGGAGGUAUGGGUGGCAUGGGAGGAAUGGGAGGCAUGGGCGGCAUGAUGUAAAGCUGCCCAUGGAUUGGCUAGGAAGAAACUCUUUAAUUUGUAAACUAACAUUUUUUUGUUAUGUACAAAGUUACUUUGUUUCUACAAGAGGUACGAAGAGUACAUAGGUGCCACAGAACUAUGUCUAGUUUACAAGAAAACAAAGAAGCGGGAGGAAAUCUUCAAUGUAUUUAGAAGUAACCCUGGACAGUCUCAACGAGGAAAAGGGACAUGCAAAACAUGAAGUUUGCACAAGUCAAAGGAAUUGUUAACCAUUCCAAAGAAGUACCUCGGCAUCCCGAAUGUGGUCCAUUAAUUUCAUCUUAAUCAUCUUCAUCUUGAGUGUUUUGAAGGGUAUAUGUGCUUCAUCUUAGUGUAAAUGUUGAAUGUUUGUACAAAGUGUAGAUAAGAGAAUGUGUAGAUAAUUUUGUUAUAAGGGAAGAUUUGUUGUUUCCCUAAAUGAAAUAAGAUUUUGAGAAGAAA